GCUGUGCCGGCUAAACUUGGUUUGCUAUUGUUUUGUGGAAACUAUUGCCUGGAACCAUGGGUUUGUUGUCUGAUCCAUCACUGUCGACUCACAAUAAGCUGGUGGACAAUCUGGCGAAGCAUAUGCGCAAGGUCUGCUAUGCGUUCUACACAGCGGGCGUCAUCUGGUUUAUGUGCCUCGCCCUGCCAGAAUUCAACCAUGGCACCUACUUAUCAGAGAAUGCGUUGUCGCCAGGUCUGGUGUAUCCCGAGAUACGCAUAGACGCCAAUCGUUUGGCCGUGCAGCUGCUGGAGGAAUUGCAGCGCGAGCGCAAGGAUCAUCAGUCCACAACGCCGCACGCCUGGAUUCUGGCCAAGUUCAAAGAGUUUGGCCUGGAGACGCACACACACAACUAUACGCUACUCUAUCCAUUCGGUGGCGGUAAGGAGUUUCAUGGCAAGAACGUUUAUGGUAUAUUGCGUGCGCCGCGCAUUGGUUCCACCGAGGGUAUUGUUUUCUCGGCGCCCUAUCGUGCGCCCAGCUCGGUGCAUGUGGACAUAACGUCCAGCGUGCCGCUGCUAUUGGCUUUUGCGGAUUUCGCAAGGCGCAAAAACUAUUGGGCCAAGGAUUUGAUAUUCCUGGUCACCGAGCAGGAGCAGCUGGGCAUGCAGGCCUGGCUGGAGGCCUACCAUGAGGGUGACAGAGAUCCAGACAGUACUAAUUCGUAUCUGCUGGCUGGAAAUCUGCCAGCACGCGCCGGUUCCCUGCAAGCUGCGUUAAACAUCGAGGUGCAGGACUUCGAAAUUGAUUACAUUGAUGUCAAGAUUGAGGGCUUGAACGGCAAGCUGCCCAAUCUGGAUAUGUUCAAUUUGGUGCAGCGCAUAAUGGCGCGUGAGGGCGUCACCUCAGGCUAUAAGCAGACGCCGCGCAAAAAGCGCCGUUCCAGCCUUUCAAACUAUGAGCAGAAUCUGCGCCAAAUACUGGCCAUGCUCUCGACACAAUCAUCGGGCGUGCCCAAUGGUAAUCAUGGACUCUUCCAUCGUUACCGCAUCGAUGCACUGACCAUAUCCGCUGCCAAGCGUGUUACCAAUUCCAACGUAAAGACCAAUCCCAGUUCAGCGGCCGUGCCGCUAUUAAAGGCCAUCGAGGGGAUUGCGCGCAGUCUCAACAAUCUGCUGGAACGCUUUCACCAGAGUUUCUUCUUUUAUGUGAUUGUGCACAACGAUCGCUAUAUUUCCAUUGGCGAUUAUAUGCCCGCUCUGGUGGCGCUUGCCGCCUGCAGCGUUAUAAAGGCUUAUCUCACAUGGUCCACACUGGAGGCGACACAGAAGACUGAUGAUGCUAAUCCCAAGACUGAGACGCCGUCUGGCUUGGAGUCGAUAAAGUUGUCCCUGCCUUAUGGUUCGGUAUUAAUCUAUUUGGCUGUCGCGUUGUUCAUCGGCUAUGUGGGCAAUGUGCUGCCGCUACAUCAGUACAUUCUGGAGCUGCCUGUGAGCGCCGCUCCGCUAACUGCCAGCAUACUGAUUGUACUGAAUGUGCUUGGGUUUGGGUUGCCUUUCGUGGUGGUGUUGCCGCCUGGUGCCUUGGAGCUGCUACACAUUAGCCUGCUGCUCAUCUAUGGCUGCGCACUGAUUGUCAUUGGCCUGCUCAACUUCUCGCUGGGCUUCUUUGUGGCGGUCCUAACAACGCCCAUGGUGAUUGCCCUGAAUACAACAAGUAGCGCAAAUAGCACAUUGCGCAGCCUGACGCGUGCUUGGACGCUGCUCCUGAAUCCGCUUGUGGUCAUCUAUAUCAUUGUUUUGAUCAUGAGCUUCUAUCAAUUUCCCGAGCUGACGUUGCAGCAACUGCUGCUGCGUGCCGCCACAGCUGCCAUGGACGCGGCCACGUUUGCGCUUAUCGAUUCCGUGAUUUAUGGCAAUUGGCUUUACUUUGCCAUUUGCACCGUAUUCCUGCCGCUUUGGAUUAUCUGCUGGACACUGGCGCUGGCGAAGCGUCGGGACAGUGCGAUACCUCAGGCCAAGCUGAAAACAAAUUGAUCUAUCCCUGUUUUAUUUCUAAUUCCAUUUUUGUUAUAUGGUAAUUUAAUGAAUAAAAUAUGUACGCUUA